GACUGUUGAAUGAAAUUGGUUUUUAUGAAUUUUUGAUUGUGAGUAACAAACAAUUACAACAGUCUCAACAAAUUGCUUGGUAUACCCAUGGAUUUAAGUGUGGUUUUGUCAAAAGCCUGUACAGACGUUUUUCGAAUAAGUGUUGAUGAAGACUUUCGCAGAGAAUUCCUGAGUAUUCUUAAGGUUACUAAUGGAACUGAUGCCCAGGACGUUUUGGCAAAUAAAUUGAAAUCUCUGAGACAAAUACCUGCAAGAAUUGCCACAUCUAAUACUCCAACAGCAAGUGGCUCAAGCAGUUCCUGUGAAAAGAUUACAGGAGUUAUAACUGGCGAAGUGAAUGAUCUGGUUAAUGAACCAACUGUUAUUGCAAAUGGACUUCGAUUGAGCAAAACAUCAAAUAUCAGUGAAGCAAGCCAAACAAUCGUUCAAAAUGAGGAAGAGGAUGAGUUUGGAUUUCAGAACAUUGCAUACAGAGUUAUUGGGGCAGCCAUUUGUCAAGCUGCAGAUUCAGACCGAGUUGCUGAUUUGAACCGUCAAACCUCUGUUGAAUCAAACACUGAACUAAGCCGAUCCAUCCUUCAAGAAAACCAUGGAGCUAUUAAUACUUCUCAAAUGGAAAUUGAUAACACCUGUUCUCUUGUUGAGGUUGCACAGGUUCCCUCAAUCAAAACAGCUGGAAAUCCGCAAAAUAUUGUACUAGAACAUCAACAAGAUGAAUUAAUCAAGUCAAACCACACACCCACACUGGUAAAUGACGAUGAAGAGGACGAAUUUGGUUUCUGGGAUUUGGUCAAUGACAACUGUAUUUCAAAAGAGGUUGUACAGGUUCCCUCAAUCAAAACAGCUGGAAAUCCGCAAAACAUUGUACUAGAACAUCAACAGAAUGAAUCAUUCAAGUCAAACCACACACCUAGACUGGUGAAUGACGAUGAAGAGGACGAAUUUGGUUUCUGGGAUUUGAUCCAUGACAACUGUAUUUCAAAAGAGGAUGCAGGAACUACAGACAAUACAACUGAUCCAUUAGAUCCAGAACCUGAUAUUAGAGAACCGAAUAUGCAAAACAGUAAAGACAACAUUUCUAACAAUGCCUCACCAAAUUCGUCAUCACUUCAUAAUGAUGAUGAUGAUGAUGAUGAGUUUGGCUUCUGGGACCUCUAUCACAACACCAUAGACAUUAAAAACAGCAACCCGUCUGUUAAGAAGGUUGAUAUUUUUACAAAAAUGCCAAUGGAAAAUGGAAAGGUUUGCAGACUUGAAACCGAGGAACCUAGUAUGGCGAAACUGAGCCAACCCAGUCAAUCAAUACUCAAUAAUCAGGAGGAGGACGAAUUUGCUUGUUUUGGGAUUUGAUUGGUGACGACUGCGUGUCA